AGCCCUGUGCCGCCCGCCGCUGCCGCCCAGAGAGGCUCAAACCGCAAGGAAGCCACAAGGGCUCACGAGGCGGGGGCCUCGGCCUGCGGGGGUUUGGGUCCGGGCGGGCUGCCUGGAGGAAGGCGCUCUGGGGCAGUCCAGAGCGUUGCCGGAGGCAGCAGACGGGAGUCCGGGGUCUGCCCUGCCAUCUGUGAGGCCUGUCUCUGGCCGUCCCCCCCCCACAGCCCCUGACGCCGGAAUCCCGACCAGUGGGCGGGCCGCAGCCUGGAACCCGCCGCCCAGAGUAACCAGGCAAACAGAACUCUGUAGGACUCUGAACCUGUUCUCCGGGUGGGCCGCCAGUGCUCCCACCUGCUGCCCUCCUGGCUUGCCCGGGCCGGGACCCCUGCCUCCCCAUGCAGCACCCCAAACCCUUCUAUGCACCCACAGCUCCCCAAGAAGGCUUCAGCUCCCGGGGCCCAGUUGGCACUGAGGGGCCAGGCAGUCAGCCUCUCCCCACCUGCACGGAGCCUCUUCCUACUGUGGGUUCCUCCAACCUGUAUCAGCCCCUAAACCCGGAGAAAGAGGUGUUUCCAGCCCCUCCGGCAGGUUUCCAGAUGGCACCCUGCGGGUGCUUCUUUGACCCCCGCAUCUACCGAAUCGAGUGGGCCACCACUGACUUCGGCCAGUCGUCCCUGUACAAGCUGACGGCAGUGGGCGGUGGGGGGCCCCCCGGGGGUCCGGCGGGGGGCCCCGCCUCGCCAGGCACCUACCUCCUAGAGCCCCAGCACUACCUCAAAGCCCCAGUGCCGGCCCCACCACCCCCGCCCUACCCGCGUUACCUGCCGGUGCCCGGGGGCCCCCAGUACCUCAUGCCCUACUUCCCCCCCGAGGGGCUGGGGCCGGAGGCUCUGGGCUUUGUGGGGGAAGGGGGGCCCCCCGCCUUCAUGGAGCUGCCCCCAUCCCUGCUCAAGGAAGGCCCAGGGCCGCCCCCACCUGUCCCCAAGGAGAACAAGCUGCCUCCCUUGCUCAUCACGCUUCCCGCUGAGGCCGCGCUGCCCCCCGGCGCCUAUGGCCACCUCAAGGGCAGCCUCAGUCAACUCCACGGGCCCGGUGAGCCCCUGGCCUUCCCCUCCAAGGAGCUGCAGGGCGGUGGGGCUGGGCCGGCCCUGCUGUACCCGCCGGGCCCCGGGAAGCCCAAGGUGGCCGAGGCAGAGGCGGCCCCGCUGGGGGUGGGCGAGGCCAGGGCCCCCGAGGCAGCCAGGGCCUUCGUGCUGCCUGAGAAGGUGCUUCUGGAAGACGCCAUGAAACUCUUCGAUUGCUUGCCGGGCAACGCCGAGCCCGAGGGGUCCCCACGCAAGGCCCCCGGACCGGCCCUGCUGGAUAGCGGGGGCGGCGGAGACGACUCGUCCGGUGACAUCCGCUCGUUGCACCUGCCGGACGAACUGCUGUCCUUUGACUACAGCGUGCCUGAGAUCCUGGACACCGUGUCCAACGUGGACUGCCUUUUCGGCUUCAAGGCGCUUGAUGAGGAGCCGGUGCCCUGCCCAGGGCCCCCCGCCGCCAGCACCGUGGCCCCUGCCUUGCGACCUGAGCUGCCCGGCAGGAGGAAGGCUGGCACCUCGUCCACCAAGAAGGGGAGGCAGGGAGGCAAGGGCAAGCAGGCUGCGGGCCCGGCCAGUGCCGCCCCCUCGGGGCCCAGGCAGGACCUGGGAGCCGGCCCCCAUUAAAAUGGAUUUGACCUCUCG